AUGGCCACGGACGAGGAGACAAAGGCUCACGUGGAGCAGUGCUGGGCUCGCAUCAAGCCCAUCAGCGCCAUCUACGGGUUUCUGCUUGCAGAUAUCGAGAUCACCCACGCAUCCAAGGGCCUCGUCCGCGCUCGCCUUCCCCUUUCCAAGAACCACGUCAAUUCCAAAGGCGGUAUACAUGGAAGCGUCUCGGCAACCUUGAUCGAUUGGGCCGGCAGCUUGGCCGUCUCCUCGUGGGACCUACGAGAGAAGAACGGCGUGUCUACUGACAUCCAUGUCACCUAUGUCUCGUCCGCAAAGGAGGGCGACACGAUCGAGGUCGAAGGUAGGGCGAAUAAGGUGGGGGGUACACUGGCGUUCACAAGUGUGACCAUCAGUAAGAUUGUCGACGGCAAUGCUGGGCCGGUCAUUGCGACGGGUAACCACACGAAGUAUGUCAAGAUGUGA